AUGGAUUCCAAUGACGAUACCCAUCAUCAUGAUCAGUCACUUGAUUCCUUUGGCGGCGACUCCGCUGAGCAGAACAACUUCGACCACCUCUAUGACGAUUUGAUUGACAAAUAUAUGACCCUGUCUCUUAGGCAGGAAGAGAAAAAUUAUAAUGUCAUAGAAGAGGCAGAUAUUCGAAUUCGUCAAGAGGAGGAUAUCACAACUCUCGCUACUAUUCUUUCGAUACCAAGAGCAGCUGCAAGUAUCUUACUUCAAUAUUAUCACUGGAGUGCCACCAAUGUACAUGACGCAUGGUUUACUGAUGAAAAUAGUGUUCGCAAGGCUGUGGGCUUAUUAGAAGAGCCAAUUGUUGAAUACCCAAAUACUAAUAAAGUAACUUGUGAUAUCUGUUUUGAGAGUUACCUUUUGCGACAAUUUCGUUCAACUUUUUGUGGUCACCUUUUUUGUCGUACUUGUUGGAAAGCUUACAUCAAGGUUUCUAUUGGUGAUGGUGCUGGGUGCUUGAUGUUGAGAUGCCCCUAUCCAACUUGUAUAGCUGUUGUUGAUCAAGAUAUGAUAAACUCUUUGGCAUUAAAAAAAGAUAAAAAGAAGUAUGCUCAAUUCCUUGUCAGAUCCUAUGUUGAAGAGAACCCUAAGAUAAAAUGGUGUCCUGCUCCAGGCUGUAAGUAUGCUGUAGAAUUCGUUAUUGGUAGUGAAAGCUAUGAUGUUACAUGCCUUUGUUCACAUAGAUUCUGUUGGAAUUGCACAGAAGAAUCCCACCCUUCUGUAGACUGCAGCACUGUUGCAAAUUGGUUUUCAAACGUUAAUUAUUAUUUUAACAGUGUAAACUGGAUAACUCAAAAUACCAAACCAUGUCCCAAGUGUAAGGUCCCAAUAGAGAAAAGUGUUGGGUGUAUGCGCAUAAUGUGUAGGCCACCUUGCAACUUUAUUUUUUGCUGGACGUGUCUUGGGAAAUGGUCAGACCAUGAGAAUGACCACGACAUUGCUUGUAACAGUUAUAAGAGAGACAAGCAAAGACAUGAUGACACAGUGAGGAAGCAGACACAUGAUAAAUCAUUGGAGAUGUAUAAUCAUUACCAUGAUCGCUGGGCAGCAAAUUCAAUGUCGAGGAGGAAGGCUCUCGUUGAUCUACAUGAGUUGCACACUGUGAAUCAUCAAAAGCUUAUAGUAAAACAAUCACAACCUGAGGCCCAUCUGAAGUUCAUCAUAGAUGCCUGGCAACAGAUAGUUGAAUGUAGACGCAUUCUUCAGUGGAGUUAUAUUUAUGGAUUCUACCUACCAUAUCGUGAACAUGCUAAGAGGCGGUUCUUUGAGUACUUGCAAGGUGAAGCUGAGUCUUGUCUCGAAAGGCUUCAUCAUUGUGCUGAACAUGAUAUACAGAUUUUUCUUAGAAUUGUAUGUCCUUCACCUCCACCUAAUUUUAAUGAUUUCCGAGCUAAGCUUGCAGGAUUAACAAGCAUUACCCGGAAUUACUUUGAGAACUUGGUUAAAGCACUAGAGAAUAAUUUGUCAGAAGUUAAUCCUGAAAGUCAAGGGGAUUGUAGCAAGAACACAGAAGACAGUGCAGGAGACAACUAGCAUAAGACGUGAAAAAACUUGAGUUUUAAAGAAUCGUGAAACUGUCAAGAUUCGAUUAAUCGUUGAACUUCAAUUACAUUCCAGAUGUGCAAUCAUCGCCAUUGUUGAAACUUGGAUAUUGAUUUCUUUUCAUAUUUAGUUUAAAUUUUC